UUCAGCUAUUCAAGUCGACAAAAGACCUGUGUUGUGCGGUUGCGGAGAAGACAACGAUUCGAGAAGCGUGUGACUUGCGUUGGGCUGUGUAACCUAGAAGUAAACCUGGUGUGUGUGCGUUGUAAGUGCUUUUUUGUAGUUAAAGAAAAAAUCUGUGUGAUCAUUGUGUCGAUCAAGAUGUUCUGUGUGAACAAAAGGGGUGUUUUGAGUAGUGAAUGGCAGGCUUACAAAUAAUAGGGUUUCUGGUAGGAAGGUGAUAAUUACGCAAGGCCACUAGUGGAAUAAUUAUUGAGAGAAUAAUCAAAGCAAAGAGGGUAUUCGCAAGUAGAUCAGCAAAAUAUUUCUUGCAGCAAGUAGCAGCAUGUUCGGGUAGUUUCGGGCAAAAUUUCGGGCCUGAAUCGGUAACGAAUUAGUACCGUGUUGUAGUGGAAUGGGGCUGCUAAAGGCGAGUGCGUAAGAAACCAAACCUGUGUGGUUCGUUGCAAGAAGCAAGAUUAGCAAGAGGAAAGUUUCGGAUGGCAAGAAAAGCGAGAAUGAAUGCGACCCAGAAGCGAGCAAGUAGCAAGAACGAGGAUCAAGAUUAAGGGGGUGAAUGUUGGAAUUAAUCUUGAUGUUACGGGUUUUGUUCACAUGUCGCCGGUUCACAAAUACGGGUUCGCGAAGGUCGCGGGUCAAUAGUGCAAAUGAAUCAGGGGUAAAAGAGUCAAAGUUUGCAUUUUAAGGUUAAAAUAUUAAAGUGUCAUGUGUGUGAUUAAUUUGAGCACAUGCAAAAUACAAAGUUGUGAACGUUGCAUGACAGUCAAUGAUCACCGAGUAAAGUGGGAGAUAAAGAGCUAGUUUGUGGGUGAUUCAUGGGAUGGUGGACUAAGCUUUUUUAGCAUGUGGUUGUUUAUUUGUUCUUAUAAAUAGGAUAGAGUUUGCUUUCAAUUGUACCCCUUUUUAUUAUCGAAUAAAAGCAGUAAACAUAUUUGUGAGUUUUGUGAGUAUAAAGUUUGGGGCCUGAACCAACAAAAAGAAUGAAGUUAGCCGCGAAAGAGAUGGAUGAUAUAAUUGAACGUUGGUUAAAGGAGCACAAGGAAAGGAGAGAGUCAAAUGAGGUGAAACAAGACUUCAUGGAUAUAUUGAUUUCCAUAGUUGAAGGUGCUUCUAAAGAUGAGUUUCCAGGCUAUGACCGUGACACAGUCAUCAGAUCAACGAGUCUAGUAAUGAUCACAGCAGGCUUUGAUUCAACGGCUGUAACUUUAACAUGGGCUAUAGUUUUGCUGCUCAACAACCCAGAAACACUAAAACGUGCCCAAGAGGAACUCGAUCUCCAUGUUGGAAGAAAGAGACUGGUGGACGAAUCAGACAUCAAAAAUUUAGUCUACCUACAAGCUAUUGUCAAAGAGACUUUACGUUUAUACCCACCUGCACCAAUCUCACUUCUUCAUGAGUCAACAGAUGACUGCAUUGUUGGUGGCUACACGGUCCCAAAGGGCACCAUCUUUAUAGCAAAUCUAUGGAAAUUACAUCAUGAUCCGGAUGUUUGGUCAGAUCCAUUCCAGUUUCGACCCGAGAGGUUCCUGACAGACAAAAAGGGUAUUGACGUUAAGGGCCAACAUUAUGAAUUGCUUCCAUUUGGUAGUGGUCGACGAAUGUGCCCGGGUGUUUCUUUUGCACUCCCAUCUGUGCAUUUAACAUUAGCUAGUUUGAUUCAAGGAUUUGAGCUAGCUAAAUCAUCCAACGGGCCGGUUGAUACAAGUGAGAUCUUCCGACUGAGCUACCAUAAAGCAACUCCACUUGAAGUCUUGCUUAGCCCUCGGUUAUCCAGUGAUAUGUACCAUGUUGAUGCAUGAAACAUCACCCCUAAAAGUCCUAAUAUUUAAACUAGUCAAUCGCUCCACGAAUAAGUUAUAGUAUAGGUGAGAAACACAUAACCCAAAUAAGUGAGCUCUUCGUACGGUUGUUCUUGUCAAAGUGGAAAAGUAUCAGCUUGUUUAUGUGAUGCAAUUAAAACAACAUGGAUUUUGUCAAAGUGGAAAAGUAUAAGCUUGUUUUUGUCAAAGUGGAAAAGUAUAACCUCUA